CUACCAACGCUACCACAAGUUCCUGAUGGCCCUUACUCCAGAGCGCCUUUCGUGCACAAGUCUAGCAGCCAACACGAUCGCACCUCUGCAAUUGGCGACAUGACAUAUGAACGCCUCGAGUUCCUUGGAGAUGCCUAUCUAGAAGUCAUCGCCACUCGUCUGAUUUUCUCUCGCUACCCCCACCUUGCCGCUGGUCGUCAAGCACAGAUACGCGAACGUUUGGUAAAGAACGACACUUUGACUCACUUCAGCAUGGCCUACAGAUUCCAGGAUCGCCUCAAAGCCGGAGAAGGUGAGCGCGAACUUGCAAAAGCCUCUGGAAAGAUUCUAGCGGAUGUGUUUGAAGCCUACGUGGCUGCUGUCAUUCUAUCCGACCCAGUUGACGGCUUCAAGCGGGCGGAGAUUUGGUUAACUGAGCUCUGGGCACCAAUCUUGCUCAGAGAAUUCGGUCCCAUAAGCGCAGACGGAGGUGCAACCUUCAAUGAAUACAACCAAAACGCAAAACAGGAGCUGCAGCAGAAGAUUGUCGGCAAGGAUGUCAAGCUCGAAUAUGUUGAGAGCAGGCCGAUGGAGCAGACCAAACACAUGCAGAGAUAUUAUAUUAGCCUGUUCCUCACGGGCUGGGGCUAUGAAAAGCAACUUCUUGGUUCUGGAGAAGGUCAGAACAAGGUCGAAGCAGGCAAUCGUGCUGCUAUGGAUGCUAUGGUGAAGAACAAGGACAUAAUCGAUGAAGCUGCCCGCAAGCUCAGCGCUUUGCGUGAGCAGAGAAGGAUGGAAGCUGCGGCCAAGGAGUCCAACUCAGGUGCUGAGCCU